AUGACCAUCAUUCACGUUGUUCUAUUCGAAUGGAAGCCUACUGCAACCCCCGAUCAAAUCGCAGAGGCAUGCAAGCGGAUGCUUGAGCUCAAAGACCAAUGCAUCCACCCAACCUCGCAAAAGCCCUACAUCAGGUCUUUUACUGGCGGCAAGAACAACAGUCCCGAGGGCCAAGCUGGCAACUCAACCCAUGGCUUCGUUGUUGAAUUUGAAAACGAAGAGGACCGCGACUACUACGUCUUCAAAGACCCCGUGCAUCAGGAGUUUAUCAAGUUCGCUGGUGAGGUGGCCAGCGGCGUCAGGGUCGUUGACUACGAGCCGGGAAAGAUGUAG